UUCAACUUAUUACGCAUGCUCUGAUGUCACUUACAUUAAUAAAACACACCUGACAUAUUUAACAAUUUCUCAAAUGAGCAGUUUUCGUGGUGAGCCGGUUCGUAGUAAAUCGCUAAAACAAACCGUUAUACAACAAAAAUCUAGAAAAUAGUUUCAGAAAUAAAAGAAACAAUGGCACCAACAGUACAUCCUUAUGAAGAUUUCAAUGAUGAAGAAGAUGCGAAGGCAUUGAAACAAGCUUUCAAAGGUUUUGGUACUGAUGAAGAUGCUGUUAUUGAAAUUCUCACUAAAUGUAGUAAUGAACAGAGAAGGGAGAUUGCUACUAGGUUUAAAACCAUGUAUGGUAAGGAUUUGAUUAAAGAACUGAAGAGUGAAUUGAGAGGAAACUUUGAGGAUGUCAUGGUUGCAUUAAUGACUGAGCCCAUAGAAUUCCAAGCUAAACAAUUACAUAAAGCCAUUAGUGGUCUGGGAACAGAUGAGAAUACUUUAGUUGAAAUAUUGGGUGUUCAUAAUAAUGAAGAAGUUGUUAAAAUUGCUCAAGCUUAUGAAGGAUUAUAUCAACGAUCUUUAGAAUCAGAUAUUAAAGGAGAUACCUCAGGUACCUUGAAAAGGUUAUUAGUUGGAUUAUCUACAGGUUGUAGGGAUGAAUCUGACAUAGUUGAUGAAGAUGCUGCAUUUAAGGAUGCACAAGAUCUACUUCAAGCUGGAGAACUACUUUUUGCAGGUACAGAAGAGUCAGUUUUCAAUUCUGUCUUCUGUCAAAGGAACCUACCUCAAUUAAGAAGAGUUUUUGAUAAAUAUGAAGAAAUAGUUGGGCAUUCAAUAGAAAAAGCCAUUGAAAAUGAAUUCUCAGGAACAGCUAGAGAUGCAAUGUUGCAAUUGAUAUCAUGCGUUAGGGAUAAAAUAUCAUAUCUAGCAAAAAGACUGCAUGAUUCAAUGUCUGGAAUUGGAACAGAUGAUAGGACAUUGAUCAGAAUUGUAGUAUCAAGAUCUGAAAUAGAUCUUCAGGAGAUUAAAGAAGAAUUUGAAAAAUUAUAUGGAAUAACUUUGGCUGAAAGGAUAGCGGACGAUACUUCCGGGGACUACAAAAAAGCUUUAUUAAUGAUUGUAGGCUAAGUUGAAAAGUUUUAUCAAAAGUUUCCUUUUUGGCUUUUAUUUUCAUUUAUUUAUUUUUUAUUUGUGAAAAUAUUUACUAAUUCUUGUCGAUUGUUCGAAUUGGUAUUUUAAUUAACAAUUCAAAGAGAUCUAAAUAAACUCACAGCUAUUUUUUAAAUGUUUCUUAUUUUUAGGAUGAAGUUUCAUCUGACAUCAAAAAAACAUUGUUAUCCCUAGUGGGUUGAUAUAUUGUAAGAAUAGAAAUUUUGUAUAUUAAAACGAAUAUAUUUUGUAUAACAAAA